CACAGAAGAUAUUUUACGAAGUCCAACCGUGACGCCAUUUUAAGAGGAGCUGCACAGUGUGGGUACGGCAGGUACCUCGGUCAUGCUCAAACAGUUUGUGUUUUGGGUACAGUGGUAGAAGAAAAUCAGCCAUGUCUGUGGAGGGAACGCCGGAUCAGGCUGCAGAGUACAUCCCAGAGAAGGUGAAGAAGGCCGAGAAGAAGCUGGAAGAGAACCCUUAUGACCUUGACGCUUGGAGCAUUCUGAUUCGAGAAGCACAGAACCAACCUAUAGACAAAGCCAGGAAGACUUACGAGCGACUUGUCGCCCAGUUCCCAAGUUCUGGCAGAUUCUGGAAGCUAUACAUUGAAGCCGAGAUCAAGGCAAAAAAUUAUGACAAAGUUGAAAAGCUGUUUCAGAGGUGCCUGAUGAAGGUGCUGCACAUCGACCUGUGGAAGUGCUACCUGUCCUACGUGCGGGAGACCAAAGGCAAGCUGCCCAGCUACAAAGAGAAAAUGGCGCAGGCCUACGAUUUCGCCUUGGACAAAAUCGGGAUGGAGAUCAUGUCGUAUCAGAUAUGGGUGGACUACAUCAACUUCCUCAAAGGAGUCGAGGCGGUGGGGUCGUACGCGGAGAACCAGCGCAUCACGGCCGUCCGCCGGGUCUACCAGAGAGGCUGCGUGAACCCCAUGAUCAACAUCGAGCAGCUCUGGAGAGACUACAGCAAGUAUGAGGAGGGCAUCAACGUUCACCUGGCGAAGAAGAUGAUCGAGGACCGCAGCAGAGACUACAUGAACGCCCGGAGGGUGGCGAAGGAGUACGAGACGGUGAUGAAGGGCCUGGACAGGAACGCCCCGUCGGUGCCCCCCCAGAACUCCCCCCAGGAGGCCCAGCAGGUGGAGAUGUGGAAGAAGUACAUCCAGUGGGAGAAGAGCAACCCGCUGCGGACGGAGGACCAGACGCUCAUCACCAAGAGGGUCAUGUUUGCGUACGAGCAGUGCCUCCUGGUGCUGGGGCACCAUCCGGACGUCUGGUACGAGGCGGCGCAGUACCUGGAGCAGUCCAGCAAGCUGCUGGCAGAGAAGGGGGACAUGAACAACGCCAAGCUGUUCAGCGACGAGGCGGCCAACAUCUACGAGCGCGCCAUCGGCACCCUCCUGAAGAAGAACAUGCUGCUCUACUUCUCCUUCGCCGACUACGAGGAGAGUCGGAUGAAGCACGAGAAGGUGCACAGCGUAUACAAUCGGCUCCUGGCGAUGGACGACAUCGACCCCACGCUGGUUUACAUCCAGUACAUGAAGUUCGCGAGGCGGGCGGAGGGGAUCAAGUCGGGCCGGACGAUCUUCAAGAAGGCCCGCGAGGACAUGCGCACGCGGCACCACGUCUACGUCUCGGCCGCCCUGAUGGAGUACUACUGCAGCAAGGAUAAGUCGGUGGCCUUUAAGAUAUUUGAACUCGGACUGAAGAAAUAUGGCGACAUACCGGAGUAUAUCCUUGCGUAUAUCGAUUACCUCUCUCACCUCAAUGAGGACAAUAACACCAGGGUUCUGUUCGAGAGAGUGUUGACAUCGGGAAGCUUGUCCCCUGACAAAUCCGGAGAGAUCUGGGCCCGGUUCCUGGCCUUCGAGAGCAACAUCGGGGACCUGGCCAGCAUCCUGAAGGUGGAGCGGCGGCGGUUCACGGCCUUCAGGGAGGAGUACGAGGGCAAGGAGACGGCCCUGCUGGUGGACAGAUACAAGUUCAUGGACCUGUACCCCUGCUCUUCCAGUGAGCUCAAAGCUCUGGGCUACAAGGACGUGUCCCGUGCCAAACUGGCGGCUCUGAUCCCCGAGACGGUGGUGACCCCCUCGGCGCCCACGCAGAAGGACGAGGCCGACCGGAAACCCGAGUACCCCAAACCCGACACCAACCAGAUGAUCCCCUUCCAGCCCCGCCACCUGGCUCCUCCAGGAUUGCACCCCGUUCCAGGAGGGGUGUUCCCAGUGCCCCCCGCUGCCGUCAUCCUCAUGAAGCUGCUGCCCCCGCCAACCUGUUUCACGGGCCCGUUUGUUCAGGUGGACGAGCUGCUGGAGUCUUUCAGAAGGUGUACACUUCCAGAAAGUGUGGACCUCGCGGUGGAGCUGAUCACAGGUCGGCAGCCGGAGCUGGCCAGCGAGGGAAACGGACCCCUGGAUCACGGCGCCAUCAUCGGCAAGUCGCUGAAGAGGCCCAACGCCGACUCGGACGAGGAGGAGGAAAAGGGGGCGGUGGCGCCCCCCGUGCACGACAUCUACAGGGCCCGCCAGCAGAAGAGGAUCCGGUGAGCCCCGCCCCUGCCCCCCGCCGAUUGGUCGACACGUUUUUCCAUCCCCCUUAUCGCCGCGCGUUCGAAGGACGUGGGCCUCCGCGCCCGAGGGACUCUUCGAUGGACUUCCUGAUCCCCCCCUCCCCCCGGGCCUCUUCUCGAACUGGAGUGGGGCCAUCUGGAGCUCCGGCCCCCACCCCCCUGCCCCCCCCCACCCGCGGGAUGGACAGCAGCCUGACCGUUUUCCGUUUUUGUUUUUUUUUUAACGGACGUCACUGUUUACGCUUCAGGCUCGGCCUCCUCGCAUGUCCAAGUCUUUGUUUUUUUUUGUUGUUGUUGCUUUUUAACAGUUUUAUUUUUAAAACUGGACAGUUAUACUGUACAAAGUUUUUAAUGGAAACCCUUGAUUGAACACAUUAGUCGUUUUUUUUUUUUGUUUUUUUUCCUCAUGUAGUUCUGGCAUAGACGGUGAAACCGACUCAUCCUGUUUCACAAAUGGAGUAAACUUUUCCUUCCAAUAAAGAAAGGAAACCCAAAAACAA